AUGGCUGCCGACACGAGAGAGCCACAGCCCAACGAGCUGCCUAAAGGAUUCGUCAUAGGAAAAGAUGGCAAGCCUUGUCGAUCAUGCACCUCGAAGAAGGAUUUCUCUACGUGGGCACAGAUGACUAAAUCCUCUCUCAAGUCUGGUAGUAAUGCUGCAACAGGCGCUGCUGUUGGUAUCGGAGCUGGCGCGGUGGCUGCCUCAACGUUUUCGUCGCCGCAUCCUACCCCGGAUGAUUGUCCAGCCGACGUAGAGACGCUGGGCCGAAGCACGUGGACCCUACUGCAUUCUAUUGCCGCAACGUAUCCUAAGACGCCAAGCGCCGCUCAACAGUCCGACCUCCGAACAUUCAUGGGAGUUUUCUCAAGACUGUAUCCGUGUUGGGUAUGUGCCGAGGAUUUCCAGCGAUACAUAGAGAAAGACCAGAUCCAAGUCGGCAGUCGAGACGAGUUUGGAAGAUGGCUGUGCGAAGCGCAUAAUGCAGUUAAUGUCAAGUUGGGCAAGGAGAAAUUCGACUGUUCUAAGUGGGAGGAGAGAUGGCGAACCGGCUGGAAAGAUGGGCGCUGCGACUGA